CUGCUGAUCAGCCGGACUUGGUAACUUGUCAUAAUGAAGAAAAUUAGUCUUAAAACAAUUCGCAAGUCCUUUAAUUUAAAUAAAAGUAAAGAUGAAAGCGACUUUGUAGUGGUUCAACAGCCAUCAUUAAGUGAAUUUGGAAAAGAUGACUCCUUGUUUGGCAGCUGCUAUGGUAAAGAUUUGGCUAGCUGCGAAGUCAAUAAUGAAGAUGAAAAAGGAGGCAAAAACAGAUCAAAAAGUGAAAGCUUAAUGGGUACGUUAAAAAGGAGGCUUUCAGCAAAACAAAAACAGAAAGGCAAAGGCAGCACACCAUCUGUAAGCUCUGCAGAUGAUGACACUUUUUCGUCCUCAUCUGCUCCAAUAACCUUCAAAGACGUGCGAGCUCAAAGACCUCUGAGAUCCACUUCCCUCCGUAAUCACCAUUACAGUCCAACUCCGUGGCCCCUUCGACCUACAAAUUCAGAAGAGACUUGCAUCAAAAUGGAAGUGAAAGUCAAGGCCUUGGUCCAUUCCUCUAAUCCAAGCCCAGCACUGAAUGGUGUUCGAAAGGACUUCCAUGACUUGCAGUCAGACAACGUGUUCCAGGAACAAAACAAUGCAUUAAAAAAUACGGAAUCUCAGAAUGGGGACUUGCAUCUUCAUAUUGAUGAACAUGUGCCUGUAGUUAUUGGAUUAAUGCCUCAGGACUACAUUCAGUAUACUGUGCCUUUAGAUGAGGGAAUGUAUCCUUUGGAAGGAUCACGUAGUUAUUGUCUGGAUAGUUCCUCACCCAUGGAAGUUUCAACUGUUUCUUCUCAAGUGGGGGGAAAUGCUUUCCACGAAGAAGAGAGCCAAGUGGAUCAGGAUGUAGUUGUUGCACCGGAUAUCUUUGUGGACCAGACAGUGAAUGGUUUGUUGAUUGGUACCACGGGAGUCAUGUUACAAAGCCCAAGAGUUAAUCACAGCGAUGUCCCUCCACUCUCACCUUUGCUACCUCCAAUGCAGAAUAAUCAAAUCCAAAGGAACUUCAAUGGAUUGAAUGGCACAGAUGCCCACGUGGCUGAAAGUAUGCGCUGCCAUUUGAAUUUUGAUCCUAACAGUGCCCCUGGAGUUGGAAGAGUUUAUGAUUCUGUACAGAACAGCGGUCCUAUGGUUGUGACAAGUCUCACAGAAGAACUGAAAAAACUUGCAAAACAAGGAUGGUACUGGGGCCCCAUUACACGUUGGGAAGCAGAGGGAAAAUUAGCUAAUGUGCCUGAUGGCUCGUUUCUCGUUCGAGAUAGUUCUGAUGAUCGUUAUCUUUUAAGUUUGAGUUUUCGUUCCCAUGGGAAAACUCUUCACACUAGAAUCGAACACUCAAAUGGUAGGUUUAGCUUUUAUGAACAACCAGAUGUGGAGGGACAUACAUCUAUAGUUGACUUAAUUGAACAUUCAAUCAGGGACUCUGAAAAUGGAGCUUUCUGCUAUUCAAGAUCCCGACUGCCUGGAUCUGCAACUUACCCAGUGAGACUGACAAAUCCAGUAUCUCGGUUUAUGCAGGUGCGUUCUUUACAAUACCUGUGUCGUUUUGUAAUACGUCAGUACACCAGAAUAGACCUGAUUCAGAAACUGCCUUUGCCAAACAAAAUGAAGGAUUAUUUACAGGAAAAGCACUACUGAAAGCUUAU